AUGGAUGAGCUUGCGUGCCGCAGCUUUUCCUCAUCCAUCCCUCAGUCCCUAGCCUCCUUCUCCGGCGCCGGCGGCCAACACCCGGUGCUUGAGUUCGAGUACUGCGACGUCCCCGAGCAAUGGCUGGAGGAUGACGACGGGGUAGAUAAGCUCUGGGACGGCAGCACAGCGACAGCGUUGGGCAACGGGGCCACGCCCUCGGCACCGGCAGCAGGCAACGAUGUGUCUGACAAACCACCGGCGGCACCUGCGCCCAAGUGGCGGCGAGGCCGCAAGCCCGGGCCGAGGACCGUCGGUCCCGUCCUCAGUCACGUGGAGGCGGAGCGGCAGCGGCGGGACAAGCUCAACCGCCGGUUCUGCGACCUUUGGGCAGCCGUCCCCACGGUGUCCAAGAUGGACAGGGCGUCCCUCCUCGCGGACGCCACUGCCUACAUCGCUGAGCUGCGCGCCCGCGAGGAACGGCUCGAGAUCGAGGUCAAGCAGCAGCAGGCCGUGGCGGCGGCGCCCUCCGCGGCCGUCACUGCAGGGCCGCCGGAGGCCUUCAAGGAGAAACUGGAGGUGCGGAUGUUGGGGCAGCGAGAGGCGGCGGCGCUGCGCCUGACGACGACGGCAGCGACGACACCAACCCACGCCGCCGCGCGCCUCAUGGUCGCGCUCUGCUCGCUGGACCUGCCGGUGCAGAACGCAUGCGUGUGCCGGGUGGGCGGUACGACGACCGUGCAGGACGCCGUCGUGGACGUGCCCGUCGCGCUGCGGGACGAGGGCCUCCUCCGCGCGGCGUUGCUCCGGUGCCUGCAGGGGAGCGGAUGA